GUCCCGGUUGUAUAAACCGGCGGCCGAAGCAUUCAAGGGACCGGCUCGCCAACCUUUCCAGCACAAUAGACAGCUCCUAGCCGGGAGAGGCGGAGCCUUCCUACCAUCGAGCGACAGCCGCCUAGAGAGGGCAUAGAAAAAGAAGAGCCGCUCUGCCCAUCUGCGAACCGCCAGCGCAUCGCUCACCGGCUCGGACAUGGCGGAAGAGCAGGAAUACCUAUCGAUCUCUGGGGCUCGCAUCAAGCUGCGGCCCCUCCACCACAGCGCCUCCUGUCGGGAGCUUCAGGUGCGCUGCCCGCGGCUGCAGCUGGGCUCUCUGACUGCCGUCACGUGCUGCGUGUGGCUCGUGGCUUAUGGGCUCUUCAUCGUCAGCCAGAACAGUAUGGUGCUCUCUGCUUCUAUAUUUAUCACAUUGAUUGGCCUACUUGUAUACCUGCAUUUUGUGAAAAUUGACCAGGAGUCUCUGCUGAUAAUUGACUCGCUUGGAAUACAGAUGACCUCAUCCUAUGCAUCAGGGAAAGAGAGCACAACCUUUAUAGAGAUGAACCAGGUCAAAGAUGUGGUCAUCAAUGAAGCCAUUUAUAUGCAAAAAGUUAUUUACUACUUGUGCAUCCUUCUCCAAGAUCCAAUUGAACCUCAUGCUGUUUCUGAAGUAGUGCCACUAUUUCAGAGCUCCAUGCCACGUUUGGACUGCCUUGUAGACAUAUACAAAAGUUGUCAAGAAAUCUUGGAGAGAGGAAAAAAUCUUGAUACCAGCUUUUAAUGUGAAACUUUUUAUCAAGACAGAAUAACCACAAUAAUACAAUUUUGUUCCAAGUUAUUAGGUGAAGCUUAUCCAAAGCAACCAUGUUAAUCUAUCUGGUUAUGUUGACAACUAGGUAAGAGUAGAUUCAAAUCCACCAAGGAACUAAAAACUGCUAGUGCCUUUUUGACAAAGGUUUGAACGUGCAGCUGUGAAGAAAUGUUACAGAACAAAAUUACUAAUCCAGGUUCCACAUUUUCUUCAGUCAACCUCAUGAUGUAAGAAACUCAAUGAUAUUUUUUUUUUCUGUCAAAAAUUAACCCUGUCUAAGUGACUGGAAAUCUACAAGGAAGAUUCAGCAGAAAUAAGAUGAAAAUAAGGUUUUUUCUCUUCCUAAAUAAAAUUUCAUGGAAGAUUGGAAUCUAUUUUCUGAUAAUGUUGAGUUAUAUGCUAUGUCCAAUAGUAUUCCUUUUACAGACUUAAUUUUGUUCAUUAACUAUAUAUUAGUAUUAGUGGAUUAUGAUAAUUGUAGAUAUAGUUUCUGGUUGCUAGGUAAGAUCAUUUCAUUUGUAUUUAUGGAAUUCAGAAGCAAAGUAAUUUUUCCUAAGUGACAUGAGGAUGCCCUUUGUUUUUAGAAAAAGCCCCCUGGAACAUUAGAUACCUGCUUCUUGAACAAUAGCUCCAUCUGCCCAGACCUGAAGUGCAUUUUUACACCAUAAGCUGAGAAACAGAACUCCUAUUAAAAAAAUACAGUGAAAGAAAAUAUUUUUAUUGUACUGAAAAUCUAAUUUAUUAACACCACCUCCAUCUUAAUAAAGAAUCUUAUGAAGAUCACCUCCAUCUUAAUACCGAAUACAGUUUUAUGUACUGGACAUCAGCAUAAUUGUAAAACAGUAAUUUUUCAUCAGUUAUUUCUAAUGUCCAGGUGGGCGCGGCUAGGUGACGUGGUCAGUAUAACACUUCGCUAUAUUGAAAUACAAAAAAAUCUGUUAAAGUUGCUAUACUUUAAAACAGGCAUAUCAAACUUGUGACGUCACAUGAGGUCGCGCAAUAUAUUGGGCCAGUUUUGCUAUUGCCGGCAAUGGGGUGGGCGCGGCUUCCACGUGAUGCAUCCGGCCCACGGGCUGGCAGUUUGACACCCCUGCUUUUAAAAAAACAAACUAUAAAUAUAUAAUAAUUUAUUUACAUGAGAACCUGCAUGAACCAGAAAAGAGAUCCAGCUAACAUACUCCAUAUUGGAGUCUCUGUUUCCUAUUUAUGAAGGGGGGAUUUUAAAUGAGUUUACAGUGAUGACAAACACAACUGGAACUGAGGAACUUUCAAUCCGAUAUAAAAAUAAAUUGUACCAUAUCGUGUUAAUAGAAUAAUAUUUCUUAUUUUAAACUGAUGUAUUGCUUUUUACUGAAGAUGCAUACCAAGGCAUACUUUUGUAUAUGCGUGUUAAACCACACAUGUAAUAUCCUUGUUCCUUUGUGGACAGAGUUUUUUCAAGUUCCUGUGCUUUCACUCAUAAAAGACCAUGGGGAAUGCUCAAAGAUCAUGAAUACGUUUACCAGAUUAAGCAAAUUUAGCUGCAACUUUUAACAGAACUAUUAUAAUAAAAGGUACUUUUAUUUGACAGGAAAUUGAUAUCUGAUAUUCCAAAUAUUAGUUUCUGAUGCAAGAGUUAGUUGGUUGAAAUUAAUAUUAACUGGUAAGGAAGGCAAAAGAAAAAGAGAUCAUUUUAAAUAUAUUUAUUUAUUAACCGUCCUCUUAUCUAGAAUAGGAUGCCAGAAAAUAACUAUCACUACAUUUUUUUUGUAGAAAGCUAAUCUCAGUACCAAAUGACUAAAAACUCAAAUUAUUUUAUUUAGAAGUGAUCAGUCCCAAUAGUGGGCAAAUGAAAAUUAAUUAAACUGAUUACCAUAUUAUCAAUAAUGUACUUGUGACCAAAAAGAAAAUACAAUUAUAUGGUGCAAGCCAAGGGAUUAUCUGGUUGGUGAAUGUCUUGCUCUGUCUUGCACAAUAUAUCUAGAUUUGUUCAUAAUGUUGCUAAAUCCCCAAAGUAUUUUAUGAAAGUCAAAUUUUAUUUUGUCAUGUGCAUUAAAAUACA